AUGCAGACAAACGACCCAGAUUACUUGUUCCAGACGACCUCGGAACUCAGCAAUGCUGAGAGACGGGAACGAAAGCUCAAGGCAGCCGAGAAGGUCGGAGACCCCAUCAAAGUGUCCAGCAAGGUGCUGGAUCUCCUGGUCGAUGACCAGCUCGCAUGGACUGCAGAGUCGGGCUGGCAGGCACGGAAGAUAAACUUGGCGACUACCAUGCUCUACAAGGGGCACAAAGGGCCAGUCACGAGUGUGCAACUCUUCAAGGUUGCCGGCGAGACACCCUGGCUUGCUCUCAUCACCUCGUCGUGGGAUAAGACUGUCAAGAUAUGGGAUGCAGCGUUCACUCUUCAAGGGCAUCAGGACUUUGUGAAGAGCGUGACGGUGCUUCCCACCUCUCCGCCGACGUUGCUUUCGACGUCCUCGGACAAGUCGUGUCGGCUUUGGGACCUUUCCGCUCUGAGCUCGAAUGAGGAACCCACAACUAUCCAAACCAUCAAGGAUCAUACACGCCCCGUGGACUCGGCGGCGUAUUGGAUCCCGGAAGCGGGUGCCCAGGACAACAUCAUUGUAUGGACGUCUGAUUCCUUGGGGGUCAUCAAACGCUGGAACCUCAUUAAAGCUGUCGGAAGCACACAAACACCUAUGAAGUUCGUUGAAGACCUCAACACCCACGACACCAGCGUCGGUCAGCUUUACCCGACAGAGGACGGCAUCUGGAGCGUGUCCAUGGACAAGACCGCCCGCUUCCAUGGUGAUCCCUCAGUCGUGCUCAAGCACCCCAGCUACGUAAAGUCAUUGCUUGCUCAACCGUUUGGGCUGCCUUACAUCCUCACGGGCGCAGAGGACGAAGAGGUCCGAAUUUGGGAUGCGGCCAACCUGCAAGCCACGAAGAACCAACCGAUCAGUAUCGUUUCUGGCCAUUGCGGUGAGGUAACCGCGAUUGUCCCGUGGUUGAAGGCUGAGAACGGGAAAAGCAUCCCACACGUGGUUACCGCUGGCCUUGAUGGCACGGUGAGAAGGUGGACCAUACAAGAGCUGCUUCACCCCCCUAAGCUUGAUUAUGAGCCUGCUUCGCAAGACAGUGUUGCUCUGACGGAGGAAGAGGAGCGCGAACUCGCUGAGCUGUUGUCUGAUGACGAUUAA